AUGUGCAGCUAUUCUCGCCAUCAACUACCCCGCGUCAAUUUCAUGGUCCAUGAUGCCGUGACUGCACGGAGGGUGCGAACUGCUCGAUGCUUUGGCGCUUUGAGGACCGAUUCCAGCCCCCAGGAGCCUGCAAACAGACAAGAGGGGCACGUGUCGAGUGAGCGCUCUCAACCGCAAAGGGAUAUUGUCAAAAAUGAAGCAGAAUCAAAUAUCAUGUUGCGGAAGCCGAUACCGAAGAAUUUUAUCAGAGAGACGUUCUUGCCACAUCUAGAGCAUAACGUUGCGUACAAUGCGCACAAGUUCCCGCCUGCAGUGGUUCUGCAGAUCGCCAUUGCGUACUCUAAACUGCCCGCCUUCAUCAGACAGCGUGCAAUAGAGGACUCGUUGGUGGCAACUUUCAUCGACCGCAUGGUAGACUACAGCGCUGCGGACUGCGUGCAGUUGCUCAACACGAGUCUGCAGCUACAGGGGCUGAGGAACUUGAAGGUAUUCCGGGAGAUUUUGAAGCGGCUGCAGGACAAGCACGUAUUCGGUUCCAUUACGGUGAUAAAUCGCUUGGGGCUGGUGCGCAACAUAUCGCGUAUAGUGCAGCGCGCCCACGUGCUGCAGGGCGACUCAACGUCGGUUCCUCUCGAGGUCGACAUGCUGGACAUGAGCAAAUACCGAGCAUCCAUACUGAAGCCUUGGACGCUGAUUACUUCAAGUUUACGCUGUAACGAUCUUAAGAAACUCUGCAAUGACUUCGUAGACUUUGGAGGCGAUGCUCUGCUGCCGCAACUGGAGUUCGAGAUGCAGACGUUUGACUCAAACGAGCUGUGUGACCUUCUGGGAGUUUUCGCGGAACGCGCCGAACGGGACUCGGCGAAACUCGAUUUCCCGGUUAUCGCUAUAUUGAUGCAGCGCAUAAUUGAGUUGAACGACCAGACGCCGCUCUCUAACAAGCUCGCGAACGUCUGCAGCUUGUGCCGCCUAGGAGUUUUGCACGAGGGCUAUCUGACUAUGGUAGCUGAGGAGAUGCAAGACCCACUUAAAGUCAACAACAUAUACCAUCGGCACUUGGCGCGGGCGCUGUGGGCCUUCUCGAGGUUCGGCAUGCUGAGCAAAGUCCUGGAGUCGCUCAUACCGCACCUGGAGCGCAACAGCCUGCAUUUUGAGCCAAGCAGUAUCGCCAGACUUAGUCAGCUGUAUAGAGGUGAAGCUGAGGCGGGAGAGGCGCCAGCAGCGCUGCUGGAUAGGUUGCGCGACGUUGUGGUACGCAACGUCUUGCACUCCCUUGGACAGCUCAACAAAAUGGAGCCAAAGCAGCUGAUAUUCUUCUACACUACUGUGUGCUACCUCCCUCUACUGCCGGAACCGGUGGAUUUUGCAGCCUGCGUUGCUGCAAAGUCAACGGGGCUGCCGAGGUAUUCCGAGUCGGCGCCCCAACCCUACGACACCUUGCUGCGUGCCAAGGAUAAAACGCGCUCUCACAUAUUGGAGGCAGUCAUAGCAGCAAUGGAGCAGUUGGAGUCCGAUUUCGAUCUUGCGGAGAUCCAACGCGUGGUGUCGCUAACCCUGUCCCUAAAACAUGCGCACUUCGUUCUGGACUACCUUCCCAAAUCAUGGUCGCGCAUCGUGAAGGAGCACGAAGAUGACCAACAGUGA